AUGGAGAGAGCGGCUGUGGUGUCGGGCCGCAGGAGUCCCUCGGUACCAGAAUGCAACAUCUCCACCUCCACCUUGGCCUUCGACCAGCACUUCACCACAACUGCCAAAGGAAUACUCCUCCUGGCUGAGAUAGUUUUUGGUAUGUUGGUGUGGAUUCUGGUAGGGGGCACAGAGUAUUUUCAUCUGUCUGCUCUCUGCUGGGUGAUGUUUGUUGCCAUCUUGUGUUGGGUUCUGACAGUUUGCCUGUUUUUAAUCUACCUCACUGGGACCCACAACAGGAUACCACAGGUUCCCUGGACUACACUGUCGCUGUGUUUGAACUGUAGUGCUGCAGCUGUGUAUCUGGUGACAGCAGUAGUAGACGCUCACUCAGUCAACCAGGCCGUUAGAGGGCGACACAACUACAACUGCUGGGCAGCAUCUGCAUUCUUUGCAUUUCUGACCACACUGUGCUAUGCAGGAAGCAGUUACCUGAGCUACUGGGCCUGGAAAACCACACAAGAACAAUAGUCUCAUUACUUGCUGUUUGAAGACAACAAUGUUCACACUUUCUCUGAGGAAUGGGCGUGAUGGAGAUCUAACUUCGGAGCAGGACAAGGCUAAAGUCAAAUUUAAACUUGUAAGGAAACUGUUAAUAUGAUCAUGAAUGAACACUUCUGUUUGC